UUCUGACGUGAAAGAAGGACAGUCAAUCUGUAGUUUCGGCCGCUUUAUAAUUCUUUAAUCCUAAUUUAAUCAUUCUUUACCACUUUUUUAUCAUGUGAAUUUACGGACUGUUUUAUUAUAUUGUCGUAUAAAACUGGAACAAGGAGUUUUUGUUUUACCCGGAAGUCUUUUCUACUGCGUGGUAGCGUUGACAGUAAAGUACAACAUGUCCAUAGUGAACGCCUUGUUGUUUGUGUCCCUGUUUGUGAGCGUGGACGUCUGCGCUCUCGGCUUCCUACGCUUCCUGCAGUUGUCUCCGCAAAUCUUCUUCCGCUUCCCAUGCCCGCCGCUAGUCGCUUUGUGGACAGGAGAGCUGACUAGAGCUUUCCUCCUCCUGCUGCUCCCACUAGUAGCUGGUGGUCCCUCAUGGGCACGAGGCUUCGGUAUUGUCCAGAGCGUCCUGGUCCUGACUUUGCACCUGCCAGUGUACGUGACACUUGUGCACGCGCUGGGCGGAGCUGUCGACGAGGAAAUGUGGAGCUGGCACUCCUGGGAAAGGAUGUUUCAGGGCUACCUGGUGACCCUUGUGUCGUGGAUCUACUGGACUCACUACGUCCAGUCUCUGCUGCUGUCUCUGACUCGCUCCGUGUCGUUCCUGUGGAGACCAAAGAGCAGACUCUGCCAGGAGACCAAAAAGGAAUCCGUCUCAUCUCUGAGGAGACUGUUGGGAUUCAUGCAGCCUCACAUCGUUUGCUUUGCGGGCGUCUUGCUUCUUGUGGCGCUUUCCUCUUUCUGUGAGAUGGCAGUACCUAAGUACACGGGUCAGGUUACGGACUGGAUCCACAACCAGGGGGCGCCUGACGCUUUUACAGAGGCCAUCACAAUUAUCGCUGUCAUGACUGUUGCCGGUGCUGUGCUAGAGUUCAUUGGUGACCUGAUGUACAACAUCACCAUGAGUAACAUUCACACGGCGGUACAGGCAGAUGUCUUCCAGGCCGUGCUCAAGCAGGAGAUCGCCUUCUUUGACACCACCCCUGCAGGUGAGCUGGUUUCGCGUAUCACCACGGACACCAACACCAUGAGCGAAGCACUGAGCCAGAAGCUGAGCUUGCUCAUGUGGUACACUGGCCGUGUGAUCUUUCUCUUCGCCUUCAUGCUCAUGCAGUCGUUCAAAAUGUCGUUGGUCACCCUCAUGGGACUUCCCAUCAUUUGGGUCGUGCCGAAGUUCACGGCACACUUCAACCAGACAAUAUCGGUGAAAGUUCAAGAGUCACUGGCUAAAGCCAACCAGGUGGCAACAGAAACCUUCUCUUGCAUCAAGACGGUGAAAAGUUUCGCUAACGAGGAGGGCGAGACGGAACGCUACAGGCGCUGCACGGAGGAAACGUACGCCCUCAACAAGUUAGAGGCAGUGGCAUACGCCAGUACUACGUCUGCCAAUAGCAUGACCACUUUGGCCAUGAAGGUGUUCAUCCUCUACUACGGAGGCGUUCUCGUGACCCGCGGGUUGGUCAGCAGUGGAGAACUUGUCUCCUUCGUCCUCUACGAGCUUCAGUUUGCUUCUGUCGUAGAUGCCUUAAUGCAUUGCUACCCAUCGGUGAAGAAAGCUGUGGGGAGUUCUGAGAAGAUAUUUGAAUACUUGGAUCGGAAACCUCAAGUUCCUCCAGAUGGAACUUUGGCCCCGGAUGACCUGAAGGGACACGUUCAGUUCAAAAAUGUCACGUUUGCCUAUUCGAAAGGCAACGGUAUAGCCCUCAAGGACGUGUCCCUGGAAAUGAAACCCGGGAAGAUCACUGCACUUGUGGGGCUCAACAGAGCUGGAAAGUCGUCUUGCGUCAAGCUGCUGGAAAGGUUUUAUCAACCCCAAAGUGGAGUCAUCCUCCUGGACGGGAAACCCUUAGACACUUAUAAGGACGCUUAUCUUCGCCAGAAGAUCUCAGUGGUUAGCCAGGAAGUUGCGCUGUUUGCCCGUUCCGUGAGGGAGAACAUCAAGUACGGCUGCCCAGACGCCACUGAUGAGGACAUGUACGAGGCUGCUAAGAUGGCCAGCGUCCACGAGGACAUCACCAAAUUGUCCAAGGGUUACGACACUGAUGCUGGUGAGAAAGGAGGGCAAAUAUCUGGCGGCCAGAAGCAACGUAUCGCUAUUGCCCGAGCCUUAAUCCGACGGCCCACCGUCUUGGUUCUAGACAACGCCACCAGUGACUUGGACACCAAAAAUGAACAUCAGGUCUACGAGGCCCUUCUGAAACUCAAAAAUUGCUCUGUGCUGCUGAUAUCCACCAAAAUGAGCGUGGUGGAGAUGGCCGACCACACCGUUGUUCUCCAUGAUGGCGCGGUUGAGGCAGAGGGCAGCCACGCCCAGCUGCUAAAAACCAGCCAGCUGUACGCUCAGCUGGUGAAGAAGGAAAAGGAGGAGUAGUGGACCCUUUCAUUUUUAUAUUUGUCUUGCGUAACUUCUUUGAUUUCCACUGCAAUGCUGGUCUUAAUAUUUGUUUUUAAAGAUUUAAUGUCUUCAAACUACAUUUGUUUGCAAAACCAGCGGAUCUGAUUGCAACGUGGCCACUUUGGCACUUGUUUUGAGCUACAUUAGUUUACUGCUGGUCCUUUCCACUAAACUUUUUUCCCCUUCAUGUUGAGAAACGUCUUUGGUCUCAGAUACUGUCGUGGUCUUAAGCACAACACUGGAGUCCAUAAUUUUUAGUGUCACUAUUUCCCCCAUUGUGAGCGAAUUUCGCCGUUUGAAACCAGAACAUGAAAUCCAGCCGAACUUUCCUGGUUUUGGUAUUGGUCUUGCUGGUACAGAAACCAGCAUAUUCAGGGUUUCUUAAGGCAGGUACUUUAACUCAUUUGCUCCCAAAAACGUAUAAAUACGUUCUAUUUUUUAUUGCUUCAGUGUCCCAAAAACGUAUUUAUACGUCUUUUGCGUUUGUUUUUUUUUUUUGGCAAGAGGCAUCUAUAGGUUCCGAUCCAUCUAAAAUAUAAUGUACAAAGCUCAAAACCCAUUUUAAAGCAAUAAAACUGGCCACUGGAGGUCAGUAGCGCAUUUGGUAAGAACUCAUCUCGGGCCAAGAAAGGAAGUGAAGAAAAAUAGUCGAGAAACGGAAGUUGGAGGGAUCUUGUGAAGACGUGUGAGAAUUUGAGAAAAAUGUGGAGAACGAUCGGG